ACCUGUCAUUUCUAAUCAUUUAACCGCAAUGAAUUUUUUGAUCUCUACCUUUAUAUUUAUAAUCUCAGUAAACUCAUGCAUUUCCUCUGCCGGUGAUAAUUCCAUGCAUUUCUUAAAAUGCGUGGAAAAAUGCACUAAUUUGAAUUGCGCCGACGCCCUAAACAUUAACUUUUUAGUGAGUGAUCAGCAACCGUUACAUUUAAGAUUACUUAAUUGGAAUUGUGGAGACGAAUGUAAGCACGAAUGUAUGUGGAAAACUGUAGAAAAUUUUCACCAAAGAGGUUUGAAUACACCACAAUUUUAUGGAAAAUGGCCCUUCAUAAGAGUCUUGGGAAUACAAGAACCAGCUUCUGUAUUAUUCUCAUUGUUAAACUUUUAUAUGCAUCUAAAAAUGAUUAUGAAAUUUAGAAAGGAGGUCCGACCAGAUAGUCCUUGUUAUUGGUUGUGGCAUAUAUUUUGUCUAGUUUGUCUAAAUGCUUGGGUUUGGUCCACAGUAUUUCAUACUAGAGACUCUCAUUUCACAGAGCUCAUGGAUUAUGCUUGUGCAUUUUCCAUGAUUUUAAUCACUUGCUACACCAUGGUACACAGAAUUCUACGUAACGUAGUCAUGCAGUCGAUCCUCAUAAUCAUCGCCACAUUCUUCUUAGCCUUCUUCUUCAGCCACGUGACCUACCUGAGCCAAGGCCGCUUCGACUACAAAUACAACAUGAUCGUAAACAUCCUUGUAGGAACAACAACGGGUGCGUGCUGGUUUGUUUGGUGCACAUUGGUCAGGCACAGACAGUCAUAUGUGUGGAAGUGUGCCAUUUUCGUUGCCCUAACUGGAAUGGUCUUACUAUUGGAGGUAGCAGAUGCGCCGCCUUUUUUGUAUCUCAUUGACUGUCAUGCCCUUUGGCACUUGUCCACAGCUAUCCUCAUACCUCUGUAUUAUAGUUUUGCCAUUGAUGAUUGUAAAUACAUGAGAAAGCAAGAAGCUGAGAAAACCCCCAUAAAGAAGCGGCCCUAAUAAUUUUAUGACGCUUUCAAAGACUGACCAAUUUAUAGACAAUAUAUUGUAAUAAAUUUUGAUUCUCUUUUGAAAACAUUAAUGAUAAAUUUAAAUCUGUUUGACACACUUAAAUCCAACUGUACUUGAAAAUUACUGGUAGUCAAUUUUUAUUUUUAAUUAGACUGUAAUGUCCUCAUUGGAGGAAGAAUGUAGGAUAUAGUAUUAUUUGCAAUAAUCAUUCUAGUCACAACGAAACUGUUACUUUAAACAUUCUCUGUUCAUAUGAACAAUUUACAAUAAACUGUUUUUGUUACCUAUAA